CCCCGCGCCUCCUCCGACGCGCUUCCGGCGUGUGAGGGGGCACGCGCGGCGGCCGUUUGUAACGGUCGGGACGCGUUUUCCUCAGCGUUUUUCCCGCCGCCGCUAUAGCCCGGUUCGUCCCCUCGGCACCACCAUGGGCCUCACCCGGCAGUACCUGCGGUACGGGCCGGCCGCGCUUUUCGGGCUGGUGGGUAGCGCCAGGGGUAACGCGGCCUUCGUGGCCCUGCGAGGCGAGCGGGGCCGCUGCGUGGCCGUGCCGGCCUGCGAGCACGUCUUCGUGUGGGAUACGCGGAAAGGAGAGAAGGUUCUUAUCCUUAAGGGUCUCAAGCAGGAGGUCAGUUGCCUCUGUCCCUCUCCAGAUGGGUUGCACUUGGCUGUUGGGUAUGAAGAUGGAUCAAUCCGUGUCUUCAGCCUCCUAAGCGGAGAAGCGAAUAUCACUUUCAAUGGACACAAGGCCGCAGUUACAGCCCUGCAGUAUGACCAUCUGGGUGGCCGGCUGGUAUCUGGCUCAAAGGAUACAGAUGUCAUCGUGUGGGAUGUCAUCAAUGAGAGCGGUCUGUACCGGCUGAGAGGACACAAGGAUGCUGUCACUCAAGUCCUUUUCUUGAAGGAGAAAAACCUGUUGGUCACCAGUGGCAAAGACACAUUGGUGAAAUGGUGGGAUCUGGACACCCAGCACUGCUUCAAAACUCUGGUUGGACACCGUACUGAGGUUUGGGGGAUGGCUUUGAUAUCCAAAGAGAAGCGGCUGAUCACUGGGAGCGCUGACAGUGAGCUGAGGGUGUGGGAUAUUGCGUACAUCCAGGAGGUAAAAGACCCUGAUGAACCAGAAUCCAAGAAAAGCAAAGGGUCUUCACCUCAAGCAGAAGACGAUGCUGAAGAUGAGGAGACCCUAGAGUUGGAUGAGCAUCCUGAGGAACGCCUCGUAAAGUGCAGCAAAGUUGGAUCCAUCAUGCGGGAAGGGAGAGACCGAAUAGUUACUCUUGCCACAGACCAAACGGGCAAGAUUUUGGCCUGCCAUGGAACAGAUGCUGUUCUGGAAGUGUUCUCUGUCCUUUCUGAAGAGGAAGUCCAAAAGAAAGUGGAAAAGAAAAUGAAGAAAGCAAAGAAAAAAGCCAAACAGAACUCUGAAGAGGAGCCUGAAAGGAGUGUGGAGCUGAGCCUGCAGGAGGAGAUUCAGCGGGUCACUAACAUCAGAGCUUCUUCUAAAAUCAAGUCAUUUGAUUUGAUUCUCUCUCCAAAAGGAGAGCUGAAGAUCGUACUGCUGCUCCAGAACAACAUCAUUGAGUCGUACAACCUGAACCUGUCAGCACAAGUCCCACAGGCUGUCCGUGUGUCCAAGAUAACCAUUGGAGGCCACCGCAGUGAUGUCAGGACAUUGGCUUUUAGCUCUGACAACAUUGCCAUUCUCUCAGCAGCUGCAGAGUCUGUAAAGAUUUGGAACAGAUCGACCUUGCAGUGCAUCCGGACAAUGGACUGCGAGUAUGCACUCUGCUCGCUCUUUGUCCCAGGAGACCGGCAGGUCAUCAUUGGCACCAAGACAGGGAAGCUGCAGCUGUAUGACCUGGCUUCUGGGAGUCUGGUGGAGACACUUAAUGCUCACGACGGGGCGGUGUGGUCCAUUGCUCUUUCACCAGACCAGCGUGGCUUUGUGACAGGAGGUGCUGAUAAAUGUGUCAAGUUCUGGGAGUUUGAGUUUGUGAAGGAUGAGAGCAGUGUUCAGAAAAGGCUUUCCAUGAAACAUGUGCGCAUUUUGCAGCUGGAUGAAGAUGUUCUCUGUGUGCGGUACAGCCCCAACCAGAAACUGCUGGCUGUCUCCUUACUGGAUUGCACUGUGAAGAUUUUCUACGUUGACACGCUCAAGUUUUUUCUCUCUCUGUAUGGACACAAGCUGCCAGUGCUGUGUAUGGACAUCUCCUACGAUGGGACUCUAAUUGCAACCGGCUCUGCUGACAGGAAUGUGAAGAUUUGGGGCUUAGAUUUUGGGGACUGUCACCGCUCUCUCUUUGCCCAUGACGACAGUGUGAUGUAUCUGCAGUUUGUGGCGAAAUCCCACCUGUUCUUCACGGCUGGGAAGGACAGCAAGAUUAAGCAGUGGGAUGCGGAUAAAUUUGAACACAUCCAGACACUGGAGGGGCAUCACCAGGAGGUGUGGUGUUUGGCACUCAGUCCCAAUGGAGACUACGUGGUGUCGGCAUCCCAUGACAAGUCCCUGCGCCUCUGGGAAAGGACGAGGGAGCCGCUUGUUUUGGAAGAGGAGAGGGAGAUGCAAAGAGAAGCUGAAUAUGAAGAGAGUGUGGCGAAGGAAGAGCAGCCUGUGGUGGCUGGAGAGACGCAAGGAGAGACAGGGCUGGCAGGAAAGAAGACUAUUGAAACCAUCAAAGCGGCUGAGCGGAUCAUGGAAGCUAUCGAGCUGUAUAGAGAAGAGACGGCAAAACUAAAGGAACACAAGGCCAUAUGCAAAGCUGCAGGAAAAGAGAUUCCCUUUCCUGUCAAUCCCAUUCUCCGUGCCUAUGGAAAUAUUACGCCUUCUGCGUACGUGCUAGAAGUUUUCAAGAAGGUCAAGUCGAGUGAGCUGGAAGAGUCUCUCCUGGUGCUGCCCUUCUCCUACGUCCCUGACCUGCUCAGACUCUUCAAUGAAUAUAUUCACCUGGGUUCAGAAGUUGAACUCUUGUGCCGAGCUCUCCUCUUCCUGCUCAAGAUACAUUUUGGGCAAAUCACAAGCAACCACAUGCUGGUGACAGUGAUAGAAAAUCUGAAGAAAACCACCACCUCCAGAGUCAGUGAGGCCCGGGAUGUGCUGGGAUUCAACAUGGCAGGGCUCCAGUACCUGAAGAGGGAGAUUGAGGCCAAGGAUGAGGUGACAUUUUUUGCUGAUGCUACUGACCGUUUUGAGGAGAAGAAGAGGAAGAGGAAGAAGAAAGAGAAGAUGGUUCUUGCAGUGCUCUAGCAUUUGCUGCCCAAGACCCAGAGCACCUGGAUGGGGUCAUUUAACCUCAGUGCUGGCCGUGGAGGUGUUCUUGUGGCUGAACAUCUGUGAUGAUGUUCCAGUGACUGGGACAAGGUCUGUCCCCUCCCCAUGUGGAUAACCCCAACUCAGAAUGGUUGUCUCUGAGAUGAACUCUCUGUGGUCUGCUGCAAAUGUAUGCAUUUGAACUAUUUCUGAGGUGACUGUCAAAGGUGCAUCCUUUUCCUCCAGUGGAAUGCCCAUUAGAAAUACGGUUGAUUUCUCCUGCGGAAGCGAUCAGCUCAUUCGGGCAGUGUUGAUUCAAUGGAGUGAAUCCAGCACGUGGACUGCUGGUGAGACCGUGCCCUAUCCAGGGAAGGCAGCUGGCAAGAUUUUAUGCUGUUUUGACACCUGCUGGUGGUCUGUGGCAGUGCUUAGAGCCUCUGGGCAAAGCUAUGUGACUUCUGCCAAAGUGUGAGAACUUGGUCUACAGCCACUUGCUUUUUAGUGGGACAGGGAAGAACAUGGCUGCACUCUAUUAAAGGUAUAUUUAUAUAUGCUUUAGGACACAACUUUGUUCAUGGAGUUUUGUCCUGAUGUUUCUCUAGUAAAGCCUCAGCUGCCUCACCCUGUGUGUGAGUUCUCAAAGGAUUUUUUUCCAGAGAAUAAAAUCUGUGGGAGCAAA